UAUCCGCAUGCCAAAAUCAAGAAAUCCAGAAAUGGUUCAGGAUUUAAUAAUUAGUGCGAAACAAAAAGAUCAGAAAUAUCUUAUAUUUGUAUUUUCUWUUUACUAAUGAAGGGUUUUCACACCAACGCACCAGCGAAAGAUCAUGUUGACACUGGUAAAAGUCUUCAUCACCCUGAUGAUCUAUCAUGUAUSUCUAACMGCAGCACAAAAAUGUUAUAAAUCGGUAUCGGGYAUUGCUGUAAAGAACUUUGUGCUAGAGUCCCAUCGCGUCGACAACAUCCUCGACUGCUACGAGAAAUGCAUAUCAGUUAGGGACUGCAAAAGCAUCAAUUGGUAUCAGAAGACGAUCUUAUGCGAGCUAAACAACAUCACUACARCGAAGCAACCGAACAUGACCGUGUUCGACUUAMAGUCAGUGUACAUCGAGAAGCCAGCAAAUGCAGAGGAAAAGCAACCCGCAGAAUCAUGUA